GGGGUUCUUAUCGCGCUCUCAUCCAGGCCUCACCAUUUGUUUGUCUUAUCGCAGGCUAGUGGGCUUAUUUUUUUCCUCAUAUACCAGGAUCAGUUUUGAGAUACACCAUCGUUGAUGGCAUGAGACGUCUUCAGUUCACCGCGUCAGACAGGUGAACUCCCAGCGCUUACCCCGCAUUCAGUGAGUGAGACUGCGCCAUGGAGCCCAACGCCCCUGGAAGGCUCCAUCUCUACUCGCUUCCGAACGAGGUGUUCGUGCAGAUACUGUCACCGUUCACCACUCGCGAACUCCUCCCAUUGGCCACCGUUUCCCAGCGCUUCCACGCCCUAGUCCUGCGUCUGCUGCACUACAGGCUCUUGCUCUCUGCGAACUUGGCAGAGUACAAACUAAUUCUAGAGUGCUUCCACCCGACAUCGAAACUGAUUGAACCUCACGUUUUCUGCACAUACCUCGGUACACCAGGUUUGAGUGACAAGUACGAGGGCGAUGGCUCGCUGUACGAGAACCUCGACACAGCAGAGAAACUCGGAAGACUUGGCUCGCUAUAUUCAAGAUUCAAACCGGAGUCUCCGGACGAAGAAUCACCGGCUCUCAGACGCCCAGUUAAUCUGGAAGGAUUUGAGGGAUUUUCCCAGCUAUGCGUGGUUGUGAAUGUAGUCAAAGCGUUGCCGGGCACUACCCAUCUGCUCAGUGCAGUUAACGUCGAGGAUGGCGUGAUUAGGUUGUUCCGAGGCUGGCUAAAGAGUCAAGCAAAUGAUCCGCAAAGCUUUCCAGACCAACAUACGUUGUGGGUUACCCAGAGCAAGAAUGUUGGCCUCAAAUUUCGGGUCCGGGAAGUGACCAGGUUAGACACCAGUCUUCCUGUGCUAAUACAUCGUGAUGAAGAAUCGUUCUUGACCUAUGAGAUAGUUAUUGAUGAGCUCCUGGUGCGCACCACGCGCUUGCUCCUGACUGUAGAGAAGUCGCUUCAAGAGCAGCAACAUUACCCCAAUGCAGUGGUCUUUGGUAGAGCUUUUGGGUAGUAUUGAGCGAUGCCACGGGGUAGAGACAGGUCUCGAAGCCAAGUCACCAAUUGGGUCAUCUGGCUUGGGUCCAUCGAAAUUCGAGCGAGUCAUAGUACAGAUCGCCUCGUUUGCUGUACUACAUGAAAUGUCAAUAUCCAUGUUUCUAGUAUAGCAUAGUCCUUUUAUGCUCUCUUGGUCAUUUUUAGUGGAUGGGAAUCGCAAACGAAUGACCUCUCAAGGCGACAAAUCCAAGGAAGCGCAUGAAGAUUAUUUACUCAAUCUGUCCCUCAAUAUCCGCUCACUUGGCCUGCUUAUAAGUUGCUCACUUUACCUCAAAAUUCUGCUCAUUCUGCCUGCCUCCCUAGGUAGUAUCUAGCCCUCUCAAACACAAGCUAACAGCACUACUUCUCUUCCUCGAUGUCCCUGACUCAUAUGUUGGAUGUAUGUAUAUGAAGCUCUAACCCUACAAUCCCCUCGGUGUAGAGCAC